CAGAGCCGCGACCACGCGGGAAACGUAAAGUUUCUGCAGCUCAAAGUGACGCAAAAAUUCUUAAAGAGCUCUUUGGCGGCGGAUAUCUAGAGAUCAGACCAUGUGAGGGAACGGGAGAGUACAAAUACGGCCGCUCUGGCGCCCGCUCCCGCACAGGCAGCCGCGCCCCCGGUGCCUCGAGGGCGCGAGGGCCGCCCAGCCUCCGAGGGCCCUGGACCAGCCUCCCCACGGACUCCCGGCAGAGCUCUCAAUCCCGCUGAUAACAAAGCUCGGAGGAGAUCCCAGGAUCUAAGCCCUGAAUUCAGCUGGGGACUUCCGCAGAUGGGUGUCGUUAUCGUCCCCUAGCCAGCAGGAUGGAGACCACGCCCUUAAAUUCCCAGAAGGAGCUGCCCACGUGUAAGGAUAAAGACGAUUGUCAGGAAAAUGGGGUUCUACAGAAGGGGGUCCCCGUUCCUGAGGACAAGGUGGAGUCUGGCCACAUCUCCAAUGGGUACUCGGCGGUGCCGAGCCCUGGUGCCGCAGACGACACUCAGCACGCCCUUCCAGCUGCCACCACUGCCCUAGUCGCCGAGCCUCACCAAGGGGAGCGGGAGACCUGGGGCAAGAAGAUGGAUUUCCUCCUGUCGGUUAUUGGCUAUGCGGUGGACCUGGGCAACGUCUGGCGCUUUCCCUACAUCUGCUACCAGAAUGGAGGGGGGGCUUUCCUCCUGCCCUACACGAUCAUGGCCAUUUUCGGGGGGAUCCCACUGUUCUACAUGGAGCUUGCACUGGGCCAGUACCACCGAAACGGAUGCAUUUCCAUAUGGAGGAAAAUCUGCCCAAUUUUCAAAGGGAUCGGCUACGCCAUCUGCAUCAUCGCCUUCUACAUCGCCUCCUACUACAACACCAUCAUGGCCUGGGCGCUCUACUACCUCAUCUCCUCCUUCACCGACCAGCUGCCCUGGACCAGCUGCACCAACUCCUGGAACACCGGCAACUGCACCAACUAUUUCUCGGGGAACAACGUCACCUGGACGUUGCACUCGACGUCCCCCGCUGAAGAAUUUUACACGCGCCAUGUCCUGCAGAUCCAUCGGUCUAAGGGACUUCAGGACCUGGGGGGCAUCAGCUGGCAGCUCACCCUCUGCAUCAUGGGCAUCUUUGCUGUUAUCUACUUCAGCAUCUGGAAAGGUGUCAAAAUGUCUGGCAAGGUGGUAUGGGUGACAGCCACCUUCCCUUAUAUCAUCCUUUCUGUCCUGCUGGUAAGGGGGGCCACCCUCCCCGGAGCCUGGAGGGGUGUUCUCUUCUACUUGAAACCCAACUGGCAGAAACUGCUGGAGACGGGGGUGUGGGUCGAUGCUGCCGCUCAGAUCUUCUUCUCUCUUGGUCCUGGCUUUGGGGUCCUGUUGGCUUUCGCUAGCUACAACAAGUUCAACAACAACUGUUACCAAGACGCCCUGGUGACCAGCGUGGUGAACUGCAUGACGAGCUUUGUUUCGGGAUUUGUCAUCUUCACGGUGCUCGGGUAUAUGGCCGAGAUGCGGAAUGAGGAUGUGUCCGAGGUGGCCAAAGAUGCAGGCCCCAGCCUCCUCUUCAUCACGUAUGCAGAAGCCAUAGCCAACAUGCCAGCAUCCACUUUCUUUGCCAUCAUCUUCUUCCUGAUGUUAAUCACGCUGGGCCUGGACAGCACCUUUGCAGGCUUGGAGGGGGUGAUCACAGCUGUGCUUGACGAGUUUCCGCACAUCUGGGCCAAGCGCCGGGAGUGGUUUGUGCUUGGUGUCGUCAUUACGUGCUUCUUUGGCUCCCUGGCCACCCUGACUUUCGGAGGGGCCUACGUGGUGAAGCUGCUAGAGGAGUACGCCACGGGCCCUGCGGUGCUCACCGUUGUCCUCAUAGAGGCUGUGGCUGUGUACUGGUUUUAUGGCAUCACUCAGUUCUGCAGUGACGUGAAGGAAAUGCUCGGCUUCAGCCCUGGGUGGUUUUGGAGGAUCUGCUGGGUCGCCAUCAGCCCUCUCUUUCUCCUGUUCAUCAUCUGCAGUUUUUUGAUGAGCCCGCCCCAGCUCCGACUUUUCCAGUAUAACUACCCUCAGUGGAGUAUCAUCCUGGGUUACUGCAUAGGGACCUCGUCUUUCAUCUGCAUCCCCACAUACAUAGCGUACCGGCUGAUCGUCACUCCAGGGACAUUUAAAGAGCGUAUUAUUAAAGGUAUCACUCCAGAAACAGCGACAGAAAUUCCCUAUGGGGACAUCCACUUGAAUGCCAUAUAACAUGCUUCAGUGAGAGGAAAAUGGCUUCCCAACAACCUCUUCCUCUGGUUCUGACAAGUCAUGCCUCGCCUUCUCCCCUCUCAGUGAACGAGUUUCCAGCUACACCUGACAAUGGAAGGAAGGGCCUUCUUCAUGGAGAGACUGUCCCAAAAGACUAUGGUGCCCAGACUCUUAUGGCCUCCAAAUACUUGUUUCUGGGAAAUCUCCUGGACAUAUCACCGUGUUAGCUCUAUGACCAGCUAAACUGGACUAUUUUGGAUGUGUGAGGGUGUGUAUGGAGGUGAUGAGAGCCACCAUCUCAUCAGUUAGGAUUAGGUUUAGAAUCAAGUUUGUACAAGUCUCCUGCAUCGUUUCUUGUUAUGAUCAUUGGUAUCUGACAUCCACUUGCUUCUAAAGAUUUCACUGUUGAUGAGUGCAUAAACCACGUAGGAGAAAACAGGGAUACUGUUUUGUUAGCCAUAUAUUUUCCGAGUAGCAUAGAAUUCUAUAGCUGGAAUCUUCUAGAACCCUGUAACCUGUGUGCCUUUGUGGAGUCAGGAGAGGAAGAUGUAGAAACUAAAUGGAAAAAUAAUGUAUUCAUGUGAGCAUGUGUGUCUGUGUAUACUGUUGUCUCGGUGUAUCCUUCUCUCUAUUCCAAUACUUUGGGCCCAUUACAAACUAUAUGAAUUUCCUCUAAUUUUUCUUACAUUAACAAUUCCACCUACUCAAAUGUGUGUGUAUGUUAUUAUAAGGGUAUCAUUGCCACCUCUGCCUUUUCCAGUGACACACUUCAGCGCGCACCUUCCUUUCUGGGCCCGUGUUCAGCGUUUGCUGCACUUCAUUGUCAUCUUCCUGUCCCUGCCAGCGAAACAUGCAGGAUAAUGUUCCACAGGCAAAUCCGGCCCAUUUCAUUAGUGACUGUGGCUUGGCCAUAAACCGCUUUGAAGGUGAUACUGACAAAUGCUUCGGUGUUCAGGUGACCAUCUCGUUUAAGCUGUUUCAGAUGACCUGGUUUGACUGCUCAGGUUACUUUGAUUUGUGAAGAGAGGAUUAAAUCCAAUUCUUGCUUACAGGGUAUAAAGGUCUGGUACCCUGACCUUAACCGAGGUUGCCCUCAAUCCAGAAGUAAUUGGAGACUCUGGAUUAGCCUUAAAUGGAAUUCCCCCAACCCUUCCUGGUUGACUACCAGGAUUGUGAGCUCUCCAGAUAAUACUCAAGAUUGAGGCUAAAAUAAGUAAGGCUAAUUGGAAAAGGGUCAGUUAAAUGAAUAACCUUGCAUUUCACAUAAAACAUUGAAUACGGAUCAAGUAAAUUUGACCCCGGGUGGAUUUUGGCUUUCAGAUGCGUAAGUAAAGAAGUAAAUUUACCUUGUAAUGUAAGAUUUCCUCACCAGAAUCUUAAAGGGAAUAAACAUAGUCAAUGAUAAAAGGACUCAAUCAUCUCGCUGCACAUCAUUUCAGUCCUCUAUAUAUAUAGCAUUUAAUUCUAACAGCCUUAUAGAAAGAAGACCCAUCUAGCAGAGACUUGGUUUUAUCCAAUUAUAGAUCUCCUCUCUUGGCUCCUUUCCGCCCCCCCCAGUCUCUGCCCCAGCCGUCUUCUUGUAUUCUCCCUACAUCCUUCUAUUUCUGAUUCUUUGCUUCUCCCAGCAGGAUAUUUUCCUUAUAGAAGUGAGCUGCUGAGAAGUUUCCCAAAAUAUUAGAGGAAAAGAGUAGAGGGAUUAAAAAGUCCCUCACUGACCUACCUUCAUUAUCUUUCCUCUUUCAUUCCUUCAUGCUCCUUAUUUCCAUUCUCUUCGCUUUCUAGCACGCUGAAGGGAGAGGGGUUGUUUAAGGGGCAGCGUAAGUCAGUGGUAACUAGCUUUGCAAAUUUAAAGAACUACUUUAUGAAGAUAUUCAGAUACGGAUUCUUUCUGUCCCACACACACUUAUGCAUGUUCCAAAGACAUCAUUUUUUUAAAAAAGCACUUUUUCAAACAGAAUUAGAGUUCUGCCACGCCAGGUGUCGAAGGGAUUAUAUAGGUGUUUUGAAAAGUUUUCAGACUUCACUGGACUUAAAUAAUGAAAUCUCUGUUCUGCACAGUUUUCAUUUACUUGAUCCCUAUUUAUCAGUACUACUACGGAUUUUUUUUUUUUAAAGGAAAACUUAGAAGUAGGUAGAUGGACUUUAAAACAAUCUUUUAAAGACCUUUUACAUCUAAUGUAGUAUUUACAUAAAAGUAAAAAAUAAAAUGGAAUUGAAUUGUAAAGUUA